UAAUCAAAUUGCAGAUCGAGCAAGGUUAACUAGUAAUGGAGGACAAAAUAUCAGCCAGCAAAUGUAAGAUGAAAUCAAUGACAAAUUUAAGUGUUGAGUCAGCAGAAAAGAACAAAAAGAAGAAGAGAGAUAAGGCAAAGAAGAAAUCCUCUAAGACAAGAAGAAAUUCUUCAAGUACCCCAUCGACUUCAGAUGAGACCGUUCUGGCUCACAAACAUGGGAAAAGCAGUAAACGACAUACACAUUCUACAUCUCCAAAUACUGAACCACCAGUUAGUCAAGGUGACACCAAGAAAAGUCCAAAACCUAAGAAUAUCAGCAGUAAAGCCGACAGAAGUCAGGAUUCAGAUGGUGAUUCCCUUUACUCUGUAGAUCAGCUCACCACGUCAAUAAAUGAGACUCUGCGGUGGGAUGGAAUUCUUGAAGAUCCCGUAGCAGAAGAGGAGAGGAUCAGACUUUACAAGCUAAAUCGGCAGCUGAGGUACCUAGCUGCCCAGAAACGUUCUCGCAAGGAUAUUGAACUUUGCCAGCAGGAGCUUUCUGUUAUCCAGUCUCAGAAGGAGAAUCCAUAUAUUAUCAGCAGUAAGACAUUACAGCAACUAGCCAUAAAGGAUCACUCCAAUCCUUAUUUUGUGGGCCAAAGAUUCUGAAGGCCAAAGUACAUUUUUGCCUGAGCUAGCAUCCCAGCUCAUAACCUUCUAAUCACAAUGUUCCUUCCAGUUAUAAACCUACAAACAUAACUAUGAAGGUGAUUUAAAUUCCCCUUUCAUAUGGUUUCCGAAAUGUUCUAAAAGCAGAUCUCAGACUGAACAACUAGACUGAGGAAGGCUAUUGCUUAUCAAACCUCUUUGGUAACCUCUUCUGUAAAGACAUGACAGUUUGAGCUCUGAAGAAAACAAUUAGGGCUUUGCCUCCACUUGUGUUUCCUUUUUUGGGGGGCGGAGGGAAAUAACCAAAAUAGUUGUAUCUAACAUGGCCACUCUGGUUUCCAGUUAUUAUCAGGUAAAAUCAGUAGGCAUUUAAACCUACAACUGCUCAGACUAAUGGUGUUUUUACUCAUUCAAAUUGAGACCAAACCGUACUUGUUUAGAUGUUUGAACAUAUUCUCUACAUGUAAACUAUAAACUGGGUUGCCAAAGUGUACUUUUUAUUUUACUAUGAGGUUUUGUUGUCCUUAUAAGCUGCUCAUAAUUUGACUUGCAAACAAAGUCCAUUGCUGCAAUCCAUCUUGAACAGAGUGAGCAGCCCAAAGGAGAUUCCAUGGAGGUGAAAAAACUACUGUUGAGCCAGUUCUGGCUGCUCCCACACAUCUUUAUAUAGCCAUUCCAGGGUUCAUGUUGGCAAUACUCUAAACUGGGUCACUAACUGUACCCUCAGUCUGAUUAUUUACUUAAGAUGUGAAAUUGUGAUGAAUGUUAUUAAUAUGAAUUAAGAUACUUUGAAAACUGAUAUUCACAAGUCAGUGAUAUGUACUCAAAGAUGCAAGGGGAGAAUUUGAGAUGUUGCUAGUGGACAAUUAGUGCAUCAAAAACAUUAUUUUGUCUACCAGUGGAUUAAAGAGGGAUUGAAAAACAGAGCUAUUUUAAAAGCCAUAGUUAGUUUUGAGCACAAAUUAUUGCAUGAUUUUGUUUAGGUGAGUCAAAUAAAUCUGCACUUGCAACAGGAAUUGUUCAUUUCAUGAAGAUCCUGUCUUAUUGUACACCUGAUUUUUAGAUUAAGCCUCAGGAUUAUCUUUGUUAAAUUUCCAGCUUCAAAAUAUUUUCUAUACUUUCAGCAUAUUUCACAGGCUGCAGAGUUCUGGGAUAGAAAAUCAACACAGCGUUCAGAUGUAAAAAUGCUUCGGUAAAAUGAUUUUAAUCAAAAAGAUAUUAAAUCAAAGUAUACUAAAAUCAAUUGUCAGAAUCAAUUUUGCAAUAUUUGUGCAUUUAAAUUUAACCCAUCUAAAAUUGUCCAUUUACAUUUUUGUUUAUGCAAUUUUGUUUCAGAUUACUUUUACAAGAAAUUGUUGUCAGCCUCAAUGUUUUUCUAAACUAUUCUGCACAAAAUUCCUGAUUUUAAAUUUGCCCAUGGUGCAAUUAAUCAAAGAUUUGGUGUUUCAUUUCACUGUUCAGUUGGUAUGGAUAUCACAAGUUCCACGCUAUGCUGCACAUGCACAGUUAUCAUUGAUUCAAAAGGAUGCAGUGGACUAUAUUUUAAAACAGACACUUUCAAGCUAUUUAUGGUAAAGAAUUUUACAUGGAGUUAUCUCCUUUCCUGACUAUGCAGUCAUGUGAUGUCACUCUUUGUAAAUAAAGAAAGCAAGCAAGCAAUGCUUCUCAGAACCAAAAUAUCCUAGCAGUGAGCACGUGCCAGGGCAUUAUUUGUAUGCGUGAGGCUUUAUAUCAAGAUACAGUCACUAUGUUCAGUCAUCUUCCUGCUUGACACUCUUAAGUUUCCUGCGUUUUAUUCUUCCAUUAUCAAGACCAUGUACCCCACUUCCAUAAUAUUGCCUCAGUGUUUCAGUUAAUGUGUCACUGAAACCCUCAUUUUAUUGCUUCCAGAUUGAAUUAUUACAAUGCUUUCAGACUGGCCUUCUAUUUUCCUCCCUACAUAAAUUUAACAUGAUUCAAAUCUCUGUCACUUGAAUUCUAAGCCUCACCAUUUUACCAUGCUUUACCAUCUUCCCUAUUCUUGUUGAUUGGCAUGAUUUGCUGGUCCAUUGAGAUUUCCAUUAAUUCAAUUCCUUCAGUGGAUUUUCACUUCUUUCUCUGGAACCUCUAGACAUUCUACAAUCAACGAUUCUGUAUUCCUCUAACACUGGUCUAUGCAUUCUAAUUCCCUUUACCACAUCGCUGAAGUUAUAAUAGUUAAUGGUCUUAAAUUCUGGUAAUCAUCUCUGCCUCUUCACUCCCCCACCCCUGCCCCCUUCAGGAUCUUUUAAAACUUGCCUGAUCUCGGUGACGAUCACCUUUGAACAUUUUACCCCAAUAAGAGUGUUUCUCAACAGAUGUUGUCAUUGGAUGCUUGAUCAGGCUCGCAAGCCAAAGAUUGUGGUAGCCAAUCAAGCAAUUAAUGUUGGAUCAGCAAACACCUUAAUUGAAAUGAGACAAGUAAUAACCACUUUUUAUGUAGCUAGUAAAUUAUUUCAUUUUACUUACUUCAGUUUAAUUAUCUUUAGAUUCUCUUGCACACCCACUAACAACCAGCCUCAAAGAUGCAUUGGCAGAAGCCCAGAAGCAGGUUACCUAACAGAUUAUCAUGGAUUAUCUACAGAGUAGAGACCCAAUUGGAAAAACAAAAAAGGAAUGAACGUCCUAUUGAGCAGAGUAUAACAUGUAUACACUUUGCCUCAAUUAAACAGAAAAUACCAAUAAUGUGUUAAUGUAAAACCAAAUUAUUGGCAAUCCAGGGAAAAGGGCAAAAGCAUAGGUUCCCUAAACUGAUAGUGUGGAGUGCUCCAAUUUACUCUGAUAGGUUACACUUUAGAAUCAAUAUUUCAAAUGCAGCUUAACCAAUUUUAAUUCACUUCUCAACCAAAAGAGAGAACGGAGGCUUUGGAAAAAGUGCCAAGGGUGGCAACUAGCUUCAUUUACAGUACAAAGCAGUACUUCUCAAAUAUCUUCCCUAUGACCCUAUUUCAGGUUUUCAUGAGAAAGUAAUGAGGAAGGGAGAAAGCCUACAUUUUCAGAGUGCUAUCCCAGUAGGAGUCCCUAAUCUCACUUAGGGAAGCCCUAUUAUAAAGCAUCUUAGUUAUUAAGGCAGAUAGAGAGUUAGGACUCAAAAAAAUUAGGAUCAUGAAUUAGUUCACAAUUUGAAAGGUAUGAGGAAGAAAUUAAUGGUGUUCUAGAUCAUAAUUUGGUCCUGCUAAAUGCAGAAGGAUUAGGAUUGCAGUAGAUCGUAUUUUGGUUGAAUAUCAGGUAAUUCGUUUUGUAAAAGAGAAGAGAAUCUCUGGAACAGGUUAUGAGCUUAUGCAGUGCAUGCUGACUGAAUGAGUUCCUUCAAAAGUGACAACUCUAUAGCUUCUGAUUGCAGCAGAGACCACUUUUCAUAAGAGGUAAGUAGUUCAAGGCAGAAUGAUCUCAGAUUUCUUUCAGUCCUAGUUAGGGUAGUUAGGCAUUGUUCUAGUUCUCUGUCGCACCAAAAAUGGCCCAUUCUAAAAUAUUGCUUUUUGUCUCAUCAGAAUAUUAUACUUUAAGUGAGAUGUAAGUUGUAUAGAUUUAGGGAUAUACAGUACUGGACAUUGCAAUCAACAGAUCAGAGGUAUUUUUCAGUCACUCACUCAUUGUUCAGUUUUGUAGGCUCCUUUAAACACAGCCCAGCACAGGUUAAUUUCUACCUUCUAUAAAUUUGUAGUCAGUCACUAUAAACAUGGUCCCAAAGUAGUGUAGAGAUCAGCAACAGCAAGGUUCUGUAAUCUAGCAAACCAACCACUGAAAUAUCAUAUCUCAUGAUAAGUGGAGUUACUGACCUAUACUAGGAAUCCAACUGAUUACCAAGAGUGUAAAAUUUCUCCCUUACAGAAAAACACUUUGUAGAAUGUAUAUACAUGUUCCAUUAAAAUCUUUCUUUCAUGGGAUAAAAAAAGCCAUCUCUUUUCAGAGUAUGAAGAUAGCACAAAUUAUUCAUUACAAAUUUUAAAAAUAAACCCUCACUACAAUAGAAUUCAAUUUAAAAAUACAUCUUCUGAAUGUUACAUGUAUACAAAAAAAACACAUGGUCUGACUGCUUUAGAAUUUAAGUAUUCCUCAAGAAUUAUUCUCUUCAAUAGUUUGUUGUAUUCAAAACUUUAGACUGAGUGUAUAUUGAAUUAUUAAAAAGUAUUUUUUCCUAAAAA